GGAAUGACGAUUACUCCUCCUGGAUCUGAGCCAUCAUGGAGAGAGCUGUGGUGCAAAUCACCCUCUUUGGGCUGCUGCUGGCUUUGGCCACCACACUACCAAGCAAGGACAACUGGGACAUCUACAGCUUUCACAUCAACUCCACAGUGACCAGUCGUUAUGCAACCACUGUCAUCACAAGCCGCGUGGCCAAUCGUAUGGACGAGUCCAAGGAAAUAGAAUUCCACGUCCGGAUUCCCAAGAACGCCUUCAUCAGUAAAUUCAGAAUGUUUAUAGAUGGCCAAGUGUACGACGGUGUUGUGAAAGGUAAAGAGAAAGCUCUGCAGCAGUACACCGAGGCUGUGUCCCGAGGCCAAAGCGCUGGGAUUGUCAGUUCUGUAGGGAGGACCCUGGAGGAAUUUAAGACCUCUGUGACUGUAGCUGCACACAAAAAGGUCACCUUUGAACUCACAUAUGAGGAGCUGCUGAAACGCAGGCUUGGCAAGUACGAGCUGCAAAUCCACGCUCGACCAAUGCAGCCUGUGAAAGACUUCAAGGUUGAUGUGUACAUUAAUGAGAAGGCAGGCAUCAAUUUCAUCGAGGUUAAAGGAGGACUAAGCACCAAAACCCUGGCUAAUGCCAUCACCAAAACACAUGCUGACAAACAGGUGUGGGUGUAUUUCUACCCGACAGAGGACCAACAGAGAACCUGUGACAGCUGUGGAGAGCAGGGUAUGAAUGGAGAUCUGGUUAUUGUUUAUGAUGUCAACAGGAACACCUCACUGGGAGACAUCAAGAGAUCAUCUGGGUACUUUGUUCAUCACUUUGCUCCAUAUGGUCUUGCCCGCAUACCAAAAAAUGUUGUCUUCGUUAUUGAUCAAAGUGGCUCAAUGCGCGGCAGAAAAAUGCAGCAGACCCGAAUAGCAUUAAUCCACAUCUUGAGCGACCUGGCUGAGGAUGACCACUUUGGUCUCUUCACUUUUGAUAGCAACAUUUAUCACUGGAAACGAGAACUUGUUCAGGCCAACGAGGAAAACCUGGAGAGUGCCAAGAAAUUUGCACGGGAUAUUAAAGAAAGAGGAUCCACAGACAUUAACAGAGCAGUGUUGGAAGGAGCACGUAUGCUGAAUGCACAUCCCAGAGAAGGUUCAGCGUCUAUCCUUAUACUUCUCACCGAUGGAGACCCGACCUCAGGGGUGACAAAUCUCGAACAAAUACAGUCAAAUGUCAGAGGGGCUAUCGCAGGCAAAUUCCCACUCUACUGUCUUGGUUUUGGUUUUGAUGUCAAUUUUGAGUUCCUUGAGAAGAUGUCGCUGCAGAACAAUGGUGUGGCACGACGGAUUUAUGAAGACUCUGACGCUGAUUUACAGCUGAAGGGUUUCUAUGAAGAGGUGGCCACUCCUCUGUUGACAGAUGUGACAAUGAUCUAUAAUGGUGGGACCAAUCUAACCCAGACUAACUUCAGCCAGUAUUAUAAUGGCUCUGAGAUUGUGGUGGCCGGUCAGAUCACUGACAACGACAUUGAAACCUUCACUGCGCAAGUUGUGGCCAUUUCGAGGAAUAGAAAGAUGACGUUUUCUGACACAAACGCCACCGUGGAGUCCACUGAAACGGCGUCUGGCAGCCACAUCCAGAGGGUUUGGGCCUACCUUACAGUCAAACAGCUUCUGGAGAAAGAGCUGCUGUUAUCUGGACCUGAGAAGGAGAACGUGAAGAAAGAGGCCUUGGAGCUGUCGCUGAAGUACAGCUUUGUAACCCCACUCACAUCCAUGGUGGUCACCAAGCCUCCAGGGGAGAACACAGAUGUGCUGCAUAAACCCAAGGAAGGUGAAACACCACAGGCACGGGAUCCUUUGGUAUUGCAUAGUCAACUUAUGCGCAAAGGUCACUCGGGGCAAAGUCCACCUAGACGGAGAGUUUACUCGGGACACGGCGGUUCAACUCAACUAAAUAAACUAUCGCAUAUCCCUCGUCGUGACCCCAUUCCAGGUCCAAUUGAUCAUAUUCUACCUUCUCUAGCUCGUGAUAUCAGUGAUUAUGGCUUUCUUUUGAGCGACCUUCUUCCCAACAUCUUUACAGAAAGUGAAACUCAUGCUGAUUUCAGCGAUUAUGGCACUCAUCCCAGCAUUGUGCCAGACAGAGCAACUCAUGCUCCUCUUUCACACAGGUUUUUGCUAAAAACUGAGAAUCUGUCUCUUCCACUUUGCUUUGACGUCACUGGAGAUGUUCGCCUUAAACUACUUCAUCAUCCCAACAGAGAGCUGUCUGUGAAUGGUGAGCUUGAUUCAGUAUCGUAUGGAGGCUUCAAAAGGAUCGCCAUCCACUUCAAGACUGACCUGUAUGUUGAGGUUGACACCAAUGAAAUCACUGUACGAGAGGGACAGACACUGACACGCCACACUGGACAGGAUCUCAUCACAGCUGGAAGUUUGACAGUGAUUCGGCGCGACAAGGAAGUAGAUGUUGCAGCUGGAGACACACGCAUGGUCUUCUUAAUUCACGAGAAGGAUGGCAUUAAAUUUCUCUGGCCGGUUUUAAGACAGCAGCCAUCAGACAACAACGCCACAGGAAUUUUAGCUCUAAAGCCAGCAGUUUAUGAGGAGGUGCAACAAACUCCCUCAUCAAAACUAAAGAUCGAAGACCAGGAGGUUGACGUUACCAGGGCCAGUGCUGUUGACUACAGUAUUGUCUCUAACCCGACACUGGAUUGCUGGCUCAUGUCUGCUGAGUCUGCCCUGCAGAGACGCCUGGAUGAUUUCAUUGUUACACAACUUUAACUGGGAACCAUGUUGAAUCACUUGCAAAGAUUUAAUUUGAAAUAACAAAUAUGUCAAACGCAAACGGAUUCAUCAAGGAAAAAGACUUUCCGCCUGAUACUAACAUGAACAAAUAAAUAAUUUCCCAGAUCUUUA